CUGUCAUCUCUGCAGAGGUCUGAUAUGAGCUGGCAUUAGACGCGUGACUUACUUAGCCAUGUGGCUGCAGCUGUCGGACCCAACUUCACGUCUAGCCCAAAUUGGAUAUUGCAAGUUUCAGCUGACGGCGCGCCAGAUUCGAGGAUUCAGCCAAUGCGAUAUCUCUACAACUUCUUGACGCGUCUUGAUCGAGUAGAUCAAGACCGCAGAAAGAUUAUGGGCCGCCUGGCACAUCUGUUAGCUCUCCACGCCCGCAUACAGGCGCGCGGGUACACACAGCUGGAAACCUCGCGUAUGUACGAGCCCCCUGAUGCAACUAGAGAUCGUCGCGCUUGAGUCUCAGCCUUCUCAGCCCUCAGCCCCCAACAUCGCCUUGCAGCCUGCCCAUCUAUAAAUCCAUCUCGCCACCCUCUCUGGCAUGGUUGCGCGUUGUCAGUAUCCAUAGCAAUCAUGUCUACUUACUCCGACAACAGCAAUGGCAAACCUUUCAAGAGAGGCACGAUUCCCGCGCUUUGGUCUGCGAAACAUAUUCCGCACAGCGCAGACUUCCCUGAUCCGUACGAAUUGAUUGGAGAUGCAUACGAGAGGAUACCAGUCGCAGACGAGUGGGAAUUACCGGAUCCCAACAGCAAGAGUCGGCCGUACUUGGCGCAUAUCAAAUCGCUGUCGACUUCGUGGAGGACUUUGCGACAUCUAGCAGACUGGAUGCAGGUUAGCACUACCCCACUACGCUGGAAUGAGAUCAAAGAGCACCCAGAGGAGCGCGAGAAUCGUGCGAAUAAGACGAACGUCACCUUCGUCGAGUAUCGUCCUGCCACUGCACCAAAAGCUACAGCGAUUAAAUCGCCUGCCUUGCUUCAAGAAACUCUUCAAGCUUUGUCGCAUGAGCAUACGAGAGAGCCUCCCCUGCGCCUUUUUAUAGUAGAAGACCUGUCUCGACAAGUCAUUGAGCUGCUGGGAGCGCGUUUCGAUAUAGAUCCAUUGUUCUUUCGAGAGCAGAUCGAUGACUACGUGUGGCACAACACUCGUGACCCCUGGGCGUCACCACCCAGCCUAGUCUCAAGCAUGAGGCACCGGCCCUGGUUCAGGAUGCGCAAUAUGAGGUUGCGAUACCACAAAACAGAAGAGGACUACUUCAACUCGAGGCUGGAAGCAAACUCUUGGAACGUGCUCAGACGGCCUGACAACGAUGAGAACCAUUGGCACUACCAAGAUGGAAAAGGAGCAGUCGUGUCCAUUAUGCGCACGCGUACCUCUAUGUGGAUCGGCAAGGACAAGAAGUGCGGUAAUGGAACUGUCGGUAUCGUCUUGCUGGAUCCAACUGUUAGUCAAGGCCGGCCACUCUGGUAUGAUCGUAGUAACUGGUUGCCAACUCCAAAGAUGGACACCAAAGUCUACCCAUCAAUCAAGUCUUCAGUAUCCUGGUUCGAAGACAUUGUCCAAAUGACGACUGCCUUCCCGUGGUUUGAGCGGAAAGACGGAAAUGAAAUCAACGCACAAGUGCUCGCCAAACCAACUAUAUACACCAUCUGCGCAGAGUGGCUCAUAGUAUGCGACUAUGUAAGAGCUCGUCUCAGCCAGAUAGAGUGGGAACUCGAGAUGCCACGCCUCUUCCGCUCGAAAGGUGAUGCCAUUGACACUUCGCUCAAGCGUCUGCAUACCUGGCGUCGGCAAAUUCCAGUGUUUCGGGAGAUGAUAACGGAGACGUUAGAACAUGCGCUUCCCGCUGCAGCGCGGCUUACUACCCCUUCUACUCAGUCCUCCGAUGCGCCCACAUCACCUCUCUCCGUACCCUCGCUCUUUUCCGACAAUCUGACUAUAAAUUACGACAACGUAGAAGGGUUUGAGGACAUAGUACCUGACUUCAAACGCGUCCUUGCCGCUGUCAACGAACUGCAGGAGCGAGUCGACCGCCUGACUAGUAUUGUUACAUCAGAAAUCUCCAUCGAAGAUUCGCGUCGCGGGCUUGAGGAGAACCAUAACAUGGCGAGAAUCACAUGGCUGGCGACCAUCUUCAUCCCGUUGACGUUCAUAUCUGGGCUGUAUAGCAUGAACGAGAGUGUUUCAGCGUUGAAGACGACGUAUGGUUGGUACUUCCUGACGGCCGUGCCGUUCACGUUGAUCGUCAUGGCAAUCGGCUGGGUGGCUGGAGGCGGCAGCCUGACACCAUGGAAGAAGGAUACUACGAAGCAAAAGGGCAUGAUUGGGGGAAGAGACAACAAAAAAGCCAAGUGACUAAGAGGUAGCGCACUCUGCUCUAUCACAGUGUCUUGGAGGGCAGACUUCUCUGCGUUCAGACGACGUACAAAUAUAGUAUUGCUAUCAGCUUCGGCUCUCUACCACCACC